UACGGCUUGGGGAAGUGCUGUGGCUAAUGCUAUAAUGUCGAGUCAGACUGAGGGAUUAUCGUCGGUUUACUGUAAUAAAUGUUAAAGCUUUCAUGCAGACGAGACUGACGUUAACCAGGAGUCAGAGUGCUGGGUCCCUAUGGCUGUAUAUGAUGAAAAUAUUCUGAAGAAUCCAUUUUAUUUGGCACUGGAGAAGCAAAGACCAGACCUCUGCAGCAGAGUGGCAGAAGUGCACGGCAUUGUCCUGGUUCCCUGUUGUGGAAGUUUGUCAGCUAGUUCGUACACAGCAGUGCAGUUUGAGAGCUAUGUCCUCUUACCUGCAGAACAAGGCUUCCAGACAGUCGAUGGGAAGGAGGUGUCGAUAGAAAACAACCAGGUACAUUUGGUGACUGGCUUUGUGAAUCCUGCUUCAAUCCCCAUUUUGUUUGAGGAGACAUUCUACAAUGAGAAGGAGCAGGCGUACAGCAUCCUGUGUAUCGCUCGGCCUGUCGACUCCGAGCCGAGCGCAGUCGAGCUGAGUCCCGGCCCUGCACACUACUGCCUGAAGAACGUGGAGGAGGCAAAGGACUUCUUGGGCCGCCAUGCUGAGAAACUGGACAAAUUCAUUGCUGCAUUCUGCAACUCCUUCAAAGACCAGGAAAGGAAGAGUCUGCGCCAUCACAUAGAUGCUGUACACACCCUGUAUACAAAAUGUCUUCAGUGCUUGCUGAGAGAUUCACGCCUGAAGGUGUUGACCAAGCAGGAGCUUCAGAUGACUCUUCUCAAGCAAGCAGUGGAGAUGUACAUACAUAAUGGCAUCCAUGAUCUUCUCUUUAGUUAUGUGGGAACUCUCGAAGCAACUCAGGAUGCUGCUUUCAAUAAAACAGCAAGAGGACUGCAGGAGCUGCAACAGAAAGAUCUUGGUGUGAAGUCAGAAUUCAGUAUAAAUAUUCCUCGUGCAAAGAGGGAAUUAAGUCAGCUGAACCGCUGCAGCUCUCCUCAGCAGAAGCUGCUCUGCCUCAGGAAGGUUGCUUUCACCAUCAUGCAGUCACCCAGCCGCAGAGUUCACCUGGAGGCAGUAUGUGCAGAUGAUCUCCUUUCAGUUAUUCUGUAUCUGCUGGUAAAAACUGAGAUUCCUAAUUGGAUGGCAAAUCUCAGUUACAUUAAAAACUUUCAUUUCUGCAAUUCUACAAAGGAUGACCUGAGUUACUGCCUGACAUCGUUUGAGGCAGCUGUGGAGUACAUAAGCCAAGGCAACCUCAGUCAAGGGCCGACGGGCUCAGGAGAGCUGAAUGACAAACUGUUCUUCAGGCAAAAGAUGAAUCUUCUUUCUCAGAGUUCUUCUACACCUAUAGACUGUUUGUUUGAGCAUAUCGCAAACGGGAACAUGGCAGAAGUCCAGCGCUUGCUAAGUGAAGGCGAGAGUGAGGAGGACAGGAGACCCAUGUGUCAUCCUCUGUGUUCCUGUGAUGCAUGUGACCAGCAUUUGUCAGGGAGAUUAAACGACCCAUCUAUAGUGACUCCGUGUUCUCGGGAUGACCGAGGCUACACUCCUCUUCACGUUGCAGCUAUAUGUGGUCAAUCGCUGCUAACUGACCUGUUGGUGUCAAAGGGAGCUGCGGUGAAUGCCACAGACUACCACGGUUUCACAGCUCUACACCUCUCCUGCCAAAAGGGCUAUCAGGGCGUCACGUUGCUGCUGUUGCAUUACCAAGCAAACACAGAUGCUCAGGACAACAAUGGGAACACUCCUCUCCACCUGGCUUGUAUGUAUGGUCACGAGGAUUGUGUAAAGGCACUGGUUUACUACGACCUGCACACAUGCCGGCUUAAUGUUCAGAACGAUAAGGGGGACACGGCUCUACACAUCGCGGCUCGUUGGGGUUACGAGGGCAUCAUGGAGGUGCUGCUGGAGAACGGUGCCUCAACUCUCCUCCAUAACAAGGCCAAUCAGAGCCCACUGCACUGUGCACUCAACUCCAGGGUUCUGUCCUUGCUGGAGCGUACUUAUAACCGUGCCAGUAAAGAGGCUCCCUGUCAUUCUCCACAGCCAGCUGACAGCAGCAGCAGACGUACCUCUGUGUCCAGUACGUCCUCGUUCAUCUCUGUGGAGCCCAAUUCUGAGCGUGAGCGCACUCACCUAAAGGAGGUGGAGAAGUUACUGCGUGCAGUGGCAGAUGGAGAUGUGGAAAUGGUGCGCUACCUGUUCGAGUGGUCAGAUACAGAGCUGGAGGAUGAUGAGAGAGCUGAAUUGCCCAAAAAUACAGAACUGUGCCACCCUCUGUGCCAGUGUCCAAAGUGUGAACCUACACAGAAGAAGCUCUUCCUCCUGCAGCCGGACAGGUUGGGAGUGAACUGCAGCAGUGCAGAUGGUUUCACACCGCUGCAUGUGGCAGCACUUCAUGGACACACGGUACUCGUUUCUUUACUCAUCCGCCAUGGGGCCAACAUCAAUGCCUGUAACAGCCAGAACGCCACUUCACUCCAUCUGGCCUGCCAGAACAGCCACACACAGGUGGUGAGCUCUCUGGUGGAGCGUAAUGCCAAGCUAAAUAAGAAGGAUCAGUUUGGGAACACUCCCCUGAUCCAGUCCUGUCUAAAGGGACACGAGGAGACCGUAUCAGUGUUAAUACAGGGCGGCGCUUCAUUAAACCUGGCCAAUAAUCAGGGAAACACGGCUCUACACGAGGCGGUGAGAGGAGCACACCAGGGUCUGGUGGAACUGCUGCUACAGGCUGGGGCUCUUACACACCUCAGGAACAAGAGACAACGUACUGCAUUGGACUGUGCUCAGGAAACUAACAUAGCAAUUCAUAGGAUUCUACAGAAAGCCUGUGCAUCCAGUGUUGAAGCUGAUUCAGUCAGACAGUUCUUCAUAGCCCAACGACAUCAAGCAAAAGCGCCCUCUGUUGUCCAGCACAAGAGUCCUGACAUGCAAAGAAUACAGCAGAUGACUAAAUCACGCCAUAGUGCCACCCUUCUCUCCACCGACUCUUCAUAUGUGGGUUCAGAUGACCUGAAUUACAGAAGGCGACUAAGGCGAGGAGAGACUGUUGAUGGCUUCGACCUCUUCAUCCAUACGCCUGAAAACUCACACUCCUUUAACCAGGCCAAAAGCUUAAACCGCAGUCAUACCAUACACCAGGGCCUGACCCACAGAUCCCCUGUAGAACUAGAACACACACAGUGUAGCUCCACAGCAGACAGAAUGGCCAACAGUGGUGCAAAUGACCACUCUACUGACCUCUCACCUGAACAUGAGCAGGUUAUUGGAAAGGCCAAUAAGAAUAUGCAGACCAGCUUGGAGGAGGAGGAUGAGAAGGAAGAAGAGGUGGAGAAGGAGAAGGAAGAGGAGAAGAUGAAGGAGAUGGAUGAGGAGGAAGAGGAGGUGGAGAAGGAGAAGGAAGAGGAGAAGAUGAAGGAGAUGGAUGAGGAGGAAGAGGAGGUGGAGAAGGAAGAGGAGAAGAUGAAGGAGAUGGGUGAGAAGGAAGAGGAAGUGGAGAAGGAAGAGGAGAAGAUGAAGGAAAUGGGUGAGAAGGAAGAGGAGGUGGAGAAGGAAGAGGAGAAGAUGAAGGAGAUGGAUGAGGAGGAGGAUCAGAACAAGGGCAAAAACAUGCAUUGGUUUUCCACAGAGAUGGAAAAUGUGCUCUGAGGACCUCAGAUGCUGUUCUAACGUACAAAAAUGAUGAAAUAAGAACACUAUCAGUCUAACGCUAUGCAUUCGGCUGUUCUGUUGAACAUUUAACUGACCAGGUUUAAUUUCCUUUCUUCAGUCAGUGACACUUAACUCACCACAGCCACUGACACGAACAGCUGCUUCAUCUCAAACCCAAACUCCAUUUAAACAUUCUAAAGCUUCAGCUUUUAUUCAGCGCACUGACUACGAGACACGACUUAAAUAAAACCGAGGAGUUGAGAGGAUGUGAAGAUGAAUGUAUGAACUCUUAAAAGGCUUAAUGUAACAUAAAGGGAGAUAAUUAUGUGUAUUUCCAGGACUAAAUCAAAUGUGAUGCUGACAAAAAAAAACUUUUAAAAGAGUUUAAAAGUCCCAGAUGCUUCAUUCGUUUUGGUCUUUUAUCGUAUCUGCUGAAGUCCACAUCUAACAUUGUGUGGCUUUAUGCAGAAUCCUAAUGAGUCCUGAAAGGAAAAUUUAAACAGUAAAAAGAAAACAAAGAACAAUUCAGCCUGUAGUUUUAUUUAACCAGCACUUUUACCAGCAUAGGUUUAUUUUACCAGCAUCAUAAAAAGGGAUGAUUGGGCAUCAUUUUUACUGUUUCUUAUUCAGUUUAAAGGUCUAGUUCAUCAGUUGACUCUUUGAUAUCAAGCCACUUGAGUAUUUUAUCAGCUUUAUUAUCAGAGAGACUUACAGGAGCUUAAAGCUGAUUUUGUGUGAGACUGCAUGAAUGGCCACAACAUAUUUCCCAGUAAACUUUGCUUCUAACAUGCUUUGUUAGAUUUUUGACUUAAUUUCAAAUAUUGAUUGAGUUAUUAAGUUAUUUUAAUUAAGUUAUUUGUGGAAUGUAGAUAUAAAAAGAGAUGCAGUUUUAUAGAUGGCAAGGACCUUUUUUUUUCUUCUCAAUUCAAAUCAAAACCUUCCUUGAUGCUUUCACAAAGUAUACAGUAGACAGUGUUGUGGACCAGUACUGUGUUAAAGGCAUGCACUUUACUCUUUAUAACAUAUACACAGUUCUAAAUGGACGUUUUCAGACUGUUGAAAUGUUUGGAAAACCUUUUCGUGCAGAAUAAUCCUAACAUGGAAUAGUUUCACUGUGUUUUUCAGAUUUAGGUCUAACGUGAACUAGUGAGGGGGGGCACAGUGGCUUAGUGGUUAGUACGUUCUCCUCACACCUCCAGGGUUAGAGGUUCGAUUCCCGCCUCCGCCUUGUGUGUGUGGAGUUUGUUCUCCCCGUGCCUCGGGGGUUUCCUCCGGGUACUUCGGUUUCCUCCCCCAGUCCAAAGACAUGCAUGGUAGGUUGAUUGGCAUCUCUGGAAAAUUGUCCGUAGUGUGUGAUUGUGUGAGUGAAUGAGAGUGUGUGUGUGUGCCCUGUGAUGGGUUGGCACUCCGUCCAGGGUGUAUCCUGCCUUGAUGCCCGAUGACGCCUGAGAUAGGCACAGGCUCCCCGUGACCCGAGGUAGUUCGGAUAAGCGGUAGAAGAUGAAUGAAUGAAUGUGAACUAGUGACAUUUUCUCAAAACUUCGAGUCAAAAUUGAUCUGAACUUUCUGGGUUGUAGCAUCUCUGCAUCUCUAAUCUGGAAAAAAUUAUUUUUGUACACAUCCCCUUAAAUGUUAUUCGUUUAAUAACACAGUGAAUGUGCCUUAUUAAAAGUGGCUCAAAAUUAAUUAUGAUCGUCAUAUCAUCGUUUUUCAGUGAUGAAUAAAAAAAUAUUAAAUUG